CAGCCAUUUUACCACAAACGAAACGAUACUUAGUCGAAAAGGCGUUUUCCCGGUAGCGCCUGUUUUCGAUACUUUGAAUCAAUGUCGACCUCCGGCGCCGCUACGACAACGUCGUCCGGGGGCUCAGACAGUGCCGUACCCCACGCCGAACUCGACGUCCCUAAGCUGCACGCGCUCCCUUCAGAACAGCAGGAUCUAUACCUUCUCACCUUUACAUCGGAUCUAGUGCAGCAUGUCUCCGGACUCGAAAAGACACAAUUAUGCUCAGAGCAACAAUCCUUGAAGAAGGAAUUAUUUAAGAUCCUCAGACUCUCAUCCCCGACGCUAACUCGAGCUCUCCGCAACAACAUAGGACGAUGCUUCAACGUGAUACUUGCAAGGGGAGAUCGUGGUAUACUAUACGACAGUAUAAGUGAGCUACUUGGGAUCGUCAAUGCUGGAAAAAGCGAAGCGGAAUUGAAAACAAAGUUCGCCGCCGCACAUUGUCUGGGAGAAGUGUUCGCUGCCGCUGGAGAAAGCGCAAUUGGUCAAUCGAGCCUCGUGGCUUCUAGCCUGCUUAAGCUGCUGAAGUCUUCGAGCAAUCAUACUGGCCUCCGUGGUUCUAUAUUCACUGUUUUGCGAAAAGUCAUUGUUGGUAUCGGUAUUGCGAUUGACGAACAGACGGCGCGAGAUAUCUGGAAGCAGGCACGGAACGCUGCAUCUGGCGACAAGGCAACGUUGGUUCAGGUGAACGCGUGCCGAUGUCUGGAACAACUCGUCAAGAACACACCUUACUUUGACAAUGCAAAUGAUUUUGAUAAUCUCAAAUCAGUCGUUUGGAAAGCUAUCGACAGUCCCGUUGCUCCGGUCCGGCACGCAGCUGCUGCUUGUUUAGCGAGAGCAUUGGUCAAGGCGCACGCUCCUGAAGUACGAAUCGAGCCUGUUCCUAAGAUCAAGAAGCCAAAAAGACAGUCCAAGAAGCCGGCGCCGCGUUCUGGUGACGAAGAAGAGGAGACUCCAGUACCCGAGUCUCCUGUCACCAAAAAAACAGAGCCUCGGCUGUCUUUCACCCUACCCGAUUUGCUCAAGCAGCUUUCUACCCAGUACUUGAAGAGCUCGACUGGAAACUAUGCGAGGGCUGGAAUCGCAGUUUGCUAUAAACAUGUGGUGCGCAACCUCGGUGACAAUGUUGUGGAGGAAAGAUAUGGCCAAAUCGCAACUCAUCUCAUAUUCGAUUUGUUGAACCAUCCUACAGUGACCUACAAUCGUUUUCGCCUGUUGAUGACAAGGAAGUUCAUAAAAAGUAUCCUGGAAGAUACAGUGGGCCAUGAGUCUCUUCGGGAGAAUAGCCAGCUGAACGCUGCCAAGUGGCUGGUUAACGAGGUCCUGAAGGAUUACCCUCAGGUUAUCCCCCAACGUCGGGAACCGAGCAAGUAUGCUCUGACUAGUGCCUUGAGUGCGCUGACGUCUCUGAUCACUGGUUUGGGACCAGCUAUUACGCCUUUUGCAGAGACCUGUCGGGAAGCCCUGUUGCAAGUCCUACCUCAUCCGAGUUAUACCGUGCAGAUCCAUGCUGCACAGUGCUUGCGCAGCUUUGUGCUUGCUUGUCCUCAUCAACUUCUCCCUUGUGUCACAAUCUGUCUAAAUAGUCUUAACAGAGAGAUCGGGCAGCUGUCGACGCCAAGGCAGUCGGCUCGUCGCUGCGUCGGCUUUGCAAAUGGACUCUCGGCAAUGCUAAGCACAUCCCGUCUGCAGCCGCUCUAUGGUUCGGUUGACGUCUUCUCCCGCGUCCUGUCGCAGGCGACUGAACUACUAAAGAUCAGUAGCAGUUCGGAGCUACGUGUUGCAAGCACUCAGAUCCAAGUGGCAUGGAUCUUGAUCGGAGGUUUAAUGCCUCUGGGUCCCAGUUUUGUCAAGAUCCAUCUGUCCCAGUUAAUGUUGCUGUGGAAGAACGCACUUCCUAAACCCAUUGGGAAGGAAAAUACGUCUCAACGGGGUACCCUCGAAAUGAGCUUUCUAGCACAUGUGAGAGAGUGUGCUCUAGGUUCUCUCCUAGUGUUCCUAGAAUAUAAUAGCAAGUUGGUCACUGUGGAUGGGUCUAAGCGCAUCGCAUCAAUGCUCCAAAACACAAUCACAUUCCUUGAAGGUCUCCCGCGCCCCAAGGCCAUGGAUGAUAUCUCUCAGCGGCUAUUUCCAUCUUUGCAACUGCACGACUUUGCUACAAUGAUGCGUCGUCGCGUUUUGCAGUGUUUCUCGAAGUUAGUCACCCUGAACCAUCCGGGCCACACGGACGUUAUUUCGCAAUCAGGACUAUUGGGACUUGCGAUCUCGUCCUUUGCAGAGCCUGACAUCACCCAUGCAAAACCGGUCGAGAGUUCCAUUGCAAGUUCACCUGCUCAUUUUGACAACUUGUGGGAUCUCUGCGAUAAUUUCGGAUUUGGUGUGACUGGUCUCGCUCGUUCAUACGUAACUGAGACGUUAUCUGGAAAACGGCAGAAGGACACUGUACCGGCGCGGUCUGCGGUUGAAUCAGCAGAUCAAGCCAUCGAUGAUGUGUUGACAUUCCCAAUCUGCCAAGCGAGCGAACAUGAUUCCGUGCUUUUGUACUGCGCACAAGAUGGGAAUGCUUCCAGUGCUGAUCCAGCCGCAACGGAAGUCGUGAAUGCUGCCGUGAAUUUGUUUGCUCUCGCUCUGCCUCUACAGUCGCCUAAGGUUCAAGAAAGUAGCGUAGAACAAAUUGCCACGCUCCUUUCCUCUCCACAUCUUCAAAGGAACCCUGGUCGAAAAGCCGCCAUUACUGUCAAUGUUGGAGUAGCGCUACUUCAUGCUCUGAAGGUCGCAAUUCGAGAGUCGGAUGGCCCAGGUGGCGAGCUCAAUGCAGCAUCUGAGAAAAUAUUCCAGGAACUGUUGCAGAAAUUCUUGGUCGAUCCCGAUCCUAUAGUUCGCACUAUUGGUUUUGAAGGGAUUGGUCGACUCUGUAAUAGUUCCGGCAACACUUUGACCAGCGCUCAAAUCAAUUGGCUCAUAGAUACGAUUGUGGAAAAUCGAGAUCCUAACACACGUGCAGGCUGUGCUGUGGCUCUGGGCUCUAUCCAUUCGCAGGUUGGCGGCAUGGCAGCCGGAUUUCAUCUCAAGACAAUCAUUGGGGUCCUAAUGUCUUUAUGCAAUGAUCCUCACCCACUCGUGCACUUCUGGUCAUUAGACGGCCUUGAAAGGGUCGUUGACUCCGCCGGUUUGACCUUUUCAGCCUAUGUAUCGGGGACCCUCGGAAUGCUGGCUCAACUCUAUAUCGCUGAUACACAUAACGAGGAGGCGGCGUCGCUGGCGACAUCCAACAUUGAAAUGGUCUUCCCUACGCCUGUAGGCGUCAGUCGAUGUGUAGACUCACUCAUCAACGUUCUCGGCCCUGAUUUGCAAGAGAUCUCGAAAACCCGCAAUCUCAUCUUCACCCUGGUUAGGCAGUUCCAGCUAGAGGAGAAUCCAGCUCUUGUCACACAAAGUUCCAAGUGCCUGGACCAUCUUUCCCUCUAUGCUCCUGCCUACGUUGACUUCGCAGGUUACGUCAAACGACUUCAGCGUGAGCUUUCAUCGCGGAGCCCACUUAUGCGAGACGCAGCCAUUCGAGGACUCAACAAUCUUAUGAAGCGUGAUGCCGAGUCUGUAAUUCGGACUGCUAGUGACAGCUUUGAAGAUGAGCUGUGGCUGGCGUUCGACGAUACCCCUGAAAACGAAUCCAUUCGGAGCAUGAUCCGCAACUGGCUGCAACAAACUGCACUCACUGAUACGGAGCUGUGGGUUCACCGGUGUCAAAGCGUCUUGACCAAAACACGGCUCAAGGUCGAGGAUAUACCGCAGACAGCUAUUCCUAAAAGUGCCGCACCGGACUUGCCGGACGAUGAAGUUGCAGGCUUUGCAGCUGCAGCUGCAGGUGACGGGCAGGCAGACUCUGCUGCCGAAACGACCGUCGGUCAAGAAUUGCUCAAGUGGCAGACACGUUACUUCGCUAUGAAGUGUCUUAAGGAGCUCCUCGAAAUGGUUAAUGACGAACUCCUGCCAGAUCAAACCAUCCCUGCAGAAUUGGCUUUGCAGCGGAAAGUGGGAGAAGUCGUCAGAAUGGCUUUCUCGGCCUCCACCGCUAAUGUCGUUGAAUUGCGUGUCAUUGGUCUUCAAAUUAUUGAUAGGGUCUUGAAGAUGUUUGGUAAAACUCCAGAUCCAGACUUCAGUGAGGCCUCGCUUCUUGAGCAGUACCAAGCGCAGAUCGGUUCAGCCCUCACUCCAGCGUUUGCGGCAGAUUCGUCGCCAGAGCUAGCUUCGGAGGCUAUCAAUGUCUGUGCUACAUUCGUGGCCACAGGGAUUGUUACAAAUGUCGAUAGGAUGGGCAGAAUCUUCAGGCCUCUUGUUGUUGGUUUGGAGAACUUUGCGAAAAACCCCAAAACAACGGAGAUUGGGGAUCUCAAAGGCCUCAAUUCCAACGCUCGAGUCAUGGUCAAGCUGGCUCUAUUUUCUGCCUGGGCACGAUUGCAGAUGGCUAGUAAUGAGCAGCAAUAUCUGACGGCGGUAGUCCAACCUUAUCUAGCUUUACUUACGCCGCUGUGGUUAUCUUCCCUGAAGGAAUUUGCGCGGUUACGCUUUGAGCCCGAUAUUUCCGGUAGUCUGGGAACAAGUCUUUCCGGCGACCUGGAUGAGGUUUACGCAGCAUUGAACAGAGAGACAUUGUUGAAGUUUUAUCAAGAUUCCUGGUUGAACCUCGUGGACGCCAUCGCCAGUCUCGUAGAGAAGGACAGCGAGUUCGUCUUUGACGCUCUGGACGGGAAGUUCGAACAGCCUGAUCCUGAGAAGCCCGAUCAGGAUGAAGAUACUCUCGUCAACGGGAAAGCCGAUAAGGGACAUGAUAUCAACUAUCGUGACGAGCCGGUUGCGUUCUUCUUCGUGCUUUUCGGACUUGCGUUCGAGGCUCUCGUUGACCAGUCACUAUUGACAUCUCAGCGAUUAGAAAUCCUCCAGGCUCUGAAGAGGAUACUGCGGCCUGUCGUCUCUGGAAAUGCUGUGUACCAGGAUGCUGUUUUCUUCGAAACUAUGGACACUCUAGACCGUCUGGUUCUGACAGAAGGCAUCAACAUCCAAACAGUUAUUGUCGAAAUAGCCAGGAACCUAGCAUUGGACCACCUCGUUGCGAAAGAUGGUCAAGACCGUAGCGAAAAUCUCUCGGACGACAUCGAGCAGUUGUUCGAGCUGACACGGACCAUCAUUUUGGUUAUUGCUGGCCUGCUGCCAAAUCUGGGCGAGAGCACGCCUCAUGCACGGUUCAAGGUCACAUCCGAUGAUGCCUUAGUUCUUGUCCGUCUAGCACUUACUUCCCUGGUCGACGUGGCCGCCAUAUUCCCGUCGAUAAUUCGCCACGAUCUCAACGCAUGCAUCUUACACAUCUUCAGUACCAUCUUAGCUACAGGGUUAUGCCAGGCUGAGGUUGUCCCUCAGGCGCUACCUAUCUUCAGACGGUUCAUCCAAGGCAUAACCCAGCCUAAGCAGGGUGGCUCAUUCUCUCCGGAGACCCUCCAAGCACUCUCGCUCCAGAUACGUGGAUGCCUUACCCGUUUCCUCACGACGCUCACUAUCGCACAACGGCGCGAGUCUGACACUUCCCUGCCCUGCGCUAAGAACACGCUGUUAGCCAUCACCAUACUGCUCACAACAAGCAGUCACGCCAUCCCACCCCAGGAUCCUCUCAUUGUACGCACCCUCAAGGAGCUCGUUGACUGUCUCCAAGAUGUUGGCCUUGCGACCGUUGUGGCUGGGUGUCUCCGGUCCAUCCUGCUCUCCCCGGGUCCAAAAUCUCCGACAGAUGAAGUCAUGAUCCGCUAUCUCUUUCCACGGCUCAUUGCUUUCGUCGUCGGAACACCGAUAAAUGAGGGAGACGUUGCAAAUGACCCGGAAAAUUGCCGCCCUGCAAUCGCACAUGCUCUGGUUUCGUACACUGCCAGUGCAGCUGUUCCGCGUGAUGGGCUACCCAAUGCUGUUGCUCUCAUUGUAUCAACCCUCCUCGUCCGUGCCAAACGCGAAGGACCAGGCGUCUACCAAGAAACAGCAGCCCGACUCCUUGAGCUGGCCAAGGUCGACCAAAUGACCUUCAGAGCUCUUGUAGCGAGCAUGAGUCCCGAUCAGAGGGGACUUACCGAGGAGAUUCUUCGAAGCACAAGCGUCGGAGCUACACAAGGCCAAGUGCCCAAUGGAGCGGCUGUGUCAGAAGCUGAGGAGAAAAAGAGCGCUCCCAGUAUCGCCCUACGGAUGGAUUUCUAGUCCUACGCUACUUACUUUCUCCAGGGGACAUUUUAAUAACGAUGAUCCUCCGGACCUUCUUCGAAUUUUCUUAUUAUUAUUAUUCUUUUUUUUUUCUUCCUCAAGAUAUACUCUGUCGCGAUGUAUGGUAUUGUGAAACGGUCUUAUAUAACUAGCAUGUGGGCUCACAACGGGCUGGGCCUGAUGAGGGAAAGAACAUGACUGAACCAAGAAAGACAGAUUUUACAUGUCAAGAUAAUU